AUGUCAGAGUCCAAUAAAAUAAUCGAGGUUUUGAUUGGGCAUGAAUCGAGAAAGCUCGAAAAACUGACACCGCAAGGGCACACGCAUCGCUGGACACUUUUCGUUCGACCGGCAAAUAAGGAAUAUCGAGACUUUUCCGAUAAUCGGUUCAUUUCGAAAGUCAAAUUUCAAAUACACGAGUCAUUUCCGAACCCGUUGCGCACUAUUAAGGAACCACCGUUCGCUGUUUCCGAAACAGGAUUUGCAUCAUUUUCUUCAACAAUCGUCAUUUAUUUGAAUUUAUGGAACCAGAAAUCGCACAAAAUUCAAUAUGAAUUGAAUCUUUCUUUAGAUGAAAAAGGAUAUCAUGAUGAAAUUCAGAAAUUGAAUAUCAAAGCCGACAUUCCUUCGUUCUUCGCUGAUUUGAUGAAUAAGUAUUGUUUGAAAAAGAAGUCGAAAAGGAAAAGCUCAGUUGUUGGCGACGAAAAAUCAUCAAUUCCUGAGAAAAAAAGCAAAAGGUCGGAAAGUUCGCGAAGCAGCAGUAAACAUUCGUCGGAGAAGAGAUCGAGCUCGAAAUCUAGUCGAUCUCCGAAAAAUUCGUCAUCUUCAUCAUCGUCGGCACCAAAAAACGAAGAUUCUUCAAAGCAUCAUAAUGGAGGAUAUAAGCAUCCAUAUGGAAAAGUUGCUCCGAUAAAAACGAAUCCGAAAAAGAAAACGGAAUCGAUACAAAGCUCACCAGCUAGCUCGAGAAAUGAUGCCAAAGAAAACGUUGAAGAAUUGACAAAGAAAAUCGUGAAUAUAUCCGAUCCUAAAUUAUUGUACAAAGUAAGCGAGGUUUUGCUGAGUUCAAAGAGUUCAAAACUCUCGGAGUCAUCCAUGUCUUUAUCAUUUGACCUCUCCACAUUGCCAUCAUCCGACUUGAUCUCAAUUUCAAAGCUUCUGACAACCUACGGCUCACCAUAG